AUGACUCUGUCGCGUUAUGCUCUGAUCCUGCCUGGCUUUAACCGGGCUUCCCCACUCCCUGUGUGUCAUUGCCAGGAGAGGGGCAGUGUGCGCUCCGCUGCCAUUUUACUGCUUGGCAACGUGGUGAGCAGCGUGAAGGACCCAGACAAACCCAUGGUGCAGCAGGAAAUGAUCCACUGCUUGCUCCCGCUGCUGCUGCAUCUUGAAGACGAGGAUGAGAGUGUGACACUGAGAUGCAAACUGACACUUUUCCGCUGCGCAGUGUUUCUCAGGUGGGCUCAUUUGAAGACGCUGUUCCGCAGCAUGACCUGGGAUGGCUCCUCACAGCUCCUGAAGUGUGCCUGGAAGUGCUUGAUGCAGAACAACAAAAGCCACAUCCCCAAAUUCCUGUUCCAGGCUUUAGAGUACCUGGAAAGCUCACAGACAACAAUCAGACAUUCUGCAGCCCUGUUCAUUGGAAAUACUAUCCACCAUUACUGCGACUUGUUGUCUGAAACAGUGAAUGAAGAUGGCAUCUCCCGCCUGUAUGAAGCUUUUCAGGAAGCGCCUUUGACAUCUGACAGGACCACAGGGCACAUCCUCAAUAGAUAUUACAAAUGGCUGCAGAAGCUUGGAAAUCUCGUGUCGGGUUCCACAUUCGACUAGGGAACCGGGACCGACACAGAAGACCUCUUUGUCCUGCUAUGAUACGUACAACAGCGUCUUUGAACAGGGACUGAACAACGAGGUGGAUAUCGGCAGAUGACAGAAAAUGAUGUAGACAUCUAGAGGCUAACAGGAGCCAACUGAGCCCACCACUGAUCACAUCUCUUGGGAGACGCCAAAGCAGCUGUUGCAUGGGAAGGAGGAGACAGAAGAGGCAGAGCAGGAUGUGCCGGGGUGCACCAGUCACACAUAACCCCACAGUCUAGGUGGAAGAAGCCAAUCCCCUCCCCAGCCCUGCCGGACAUGCUACAGCUGGAGCACCAGUGUGAAAGGGAGCAGCUCAGCUCAGUCUAGGCAGAUGCCGAAAACGGAGGAUGCACAUUGUAGGCUCCAGUCCAGAAGCAGCUGAAGCCCCUGACUGCAGAGCCCCGAGGUGCCGAGACCCAACCCAAUCCCCGGGUGCCUGCAGACGUGCAAGGGAGCUCGCAGUCUCUGGGAGUUUCCCACGCCGGGAGCCCAGAGACCCCCAGCCCCAUGGCCUAGAGACAUCUCGUAGGAAGUAACCUGGGAGAACUAGCCAUUGUCAUGCUGAGUGAUGUCAGAUGUUCUGGUUGGAUCCCCACUGACCUAAUGCCAAACACAUUGGCCAUGGACAAGGCCCUGGGCUAGGACCCGGGGGGGAGUAACAAGGGCCUGGGUCCCCCUGCCCCGGCCGCCAUCUAUCCUUGGGUGGCAGCCCACCUCCUCAACAUGCCACUAGACUACACAGUCCCAAGAAGAGGGGCAGACAUCUUGUCUCUGAACUCUCAGCCAAACAACCCUGCGCUGAAGGGCAGCGAUAUUGACUCUGGCCGUUGCACUGAGGGAGAGAGCAGCCAUAUUUUCUGUAGCCAUCGGGCCACCAGGCAUGAGAGACAGGAUAGCGGCACGGACUCUGGUCUCUGGGCCACACAGCCCCGCCGGAGAGGGCAGCUGAACGGACUCUGGUCGUUGGGCCACACAGCCCCGCUGGAGAGGGCAGCUGAACGGACUCUGGUCGUUGGGCCACACAGCCCCGCCGGAGAGGGCAAACGCACAGACUCUGGUUGUUGGGCCCCACAGCCCCGAUGGAGAGGGUAGCUGCAUGGACUCUGGUUCUUGGGCCACACAGCCCCGACAGAGAGGGCGGCCGCAC